AUCUCCAGCAGCAGGUGCUGGUUUGCCAACCUCGGCUCCAGAGGAGGCGAAGGAGGAGAAGGGAAAGAGGGAAGGGGAGGAGGAAGCGGCGCAGCGGCUGCGGCUGCGGCUGCGGGCGGGCGGGCGGCCGAGGAGCGAGGCGGCAGGCGGGAGAGCCGGGUUCGCUGUCGCCCGCGGACCAGCGGCGCGGGCGGCGGGCGAGCCGAGGCCGCGGCGGGCGGGCGGGCAGGCAUGGGGGAGCCUCCCGCUCGCCCCGCGCCCUAGCGGCGGCCGCGGCGGCCCAGGGCGGAGGCGAGAGGCGGCCGCCCGCCGCAGGGCCCCGGGGCCGCCCCGGCUUCCAGGGCAUGUUGUGAUGGCCGCUCAGAGGAGACCGCAAGAAUACGGGGUGCUUUGCAUUCAGGAAUACAGAAAAAAUAGCAAAGUGGAGUCAAGUACACGUAACAGCUUCAUGGGCUUGAAGGAUCAUCUGGGGCAUGACCUCGGCCACCUUUAUGUGGAGAGCACUGACCCACACUCAAGUGCACCUGUGCCGUGGUCGAUGGUAGAGAAGCCGACGAUGGAUCAAGUGCACUCCGGGAAGGAGGAGAAAGACGUGUCGGGAGGGAACGCGAGCUCGGGCGACUCGGACGGAAGCGCACAUUCUGACAACGAGUCCGAACGACUGAGCGUUUCGGCGGAGCCGUGCUUGUUGACCAAGACUCACAGACAGCUGUGCCGGUCGCCCUGCUUGGAGCCCCGCGUGCUCACACGCAGUGACCUGCUGCGAGACUUUCAGCCCGCGGAGGCGCCGGCGGCCUGCAGGGAGGCGGCGCAGCCCCCCGACGCCCUGCGGGAGUACCAGACCAAGCUGGAGUUCGCGCUGAAGCUGGGCUACUCGGAGGAGCAGGUGCAGCUCGUGCUCCACAAACUCGGGACCGAUGCUUUGAUCAACGACAUCCUGGGAGAGCUGGUCAAGCUGGGAAACAAGAGCGACGCCGAGCCGGCCGUGAGCGCGAUGCCCAGCGCGCCGCGGGACUCGUCCUCCCUGGAGUCCCAGCGCUCGGACUCGCCGAUGCAGGAGCCGCUCGCGGACGACGGCGAGAACCUGAGGCCGGUGGUCAUCGACGGCAGCAACGUGGCCAUGAGCCAUGGAAACAAAGAAGUAUUUUCCUGCCGGGGAAUCAAGUUGGCAGUGGACUGGUUUUUGGAAAGAGGCCACAAAGAUGUUACAGUUUUUGUUCCGGCAUGGAGAAAAGAGCAGUCUCGACCCGAUGCUCUCAUCACAGAUCAGGAAAUCCUGCGGAAGUUGGAGAAGGAGAAAAUCCUGGUGUUCACGCCGUCCCGACGCGUGCAGGGCCGACGCGUGGUGUGCUACGAUGACCGGUUCAUCGUGAAGCUGGCAUUUGAGUCGGACGGGAUCAUCGUGUCCAAUGACAACUACAGGGACCUGGCCAACGAGAAACCCGAGUGGAAGAAGUUCAUAGAUGAGCGACUGUUGAUGUACUCCUUCGUCAACGACAAGUUCAUGCCUCCUGAUGACCCUCUUGGCAGACACGGCCCCAGCCUGGAUAAUUUUCUGAGGAAGAAACCUAUCGUUCCUGAACACAAAAAGCAGCCUUGUCCAUACGGGAAGAAGUGCACCUACGGCCACAAGUGCAAAUACUACCAUCCCGAGCGGGGCAGCCAGCCGCAGCGGUCGGUGGCCGACGAGCUUCGGGCCAUGUCUAGAAACACCACGGCCAAAACGGCCAACGAGGGAGGGCUGGUGAAGAGCAACAGUGUGCCCUGCAGCACGAAAGCGGACAGCACUGCCGACGUCAAGCGGGGUGCUCCAAAGAGGCAGUCGGACCCCAGCAUAAGGACCCAAGUCUACCAAGACCUCGAGGAAAAGCUUCCCACCAAAAACAAAUUGGAAACCAGGUCUGUACCUUCUUUAGUCAGUAUCCCGGCUACUUCCACCGCAAAACCCCAAAGCGCUCCGUCUCUAAGCAAUGGCCUUCCAUCUGGAGUUCACUUCCCACCUCAGGAUCAAAGACCACAGGGACAAUAUCCUCCGCUGAUGAUGGCAACCAAAAAUCACGGAACGCCGAUGCCUUACGAACAGUAUCCCAAGUGCGACUCGCCCGUCGACAUCGGAUACUACUCCAUGUUGAACGCGUACUCCAACCUGAGCAUCUCAGGCCCACGCAGUCCCGAAAGGCGUUUCUCCCUGGACACAGAUUACAGGAUCAGCUCCGUCGCCUCUGACUGCAGUAGCGAAGGGAGCAUGAGCUGUGGGAGCAGUGACUCCUACGUGGGGUACAACGACCGGUCCUACGUCAGCUCUCCCGACCCUCAGCUGGAAGAGAGUCUCAAGUGUCAACACAUGCACCCGCACAGCCGCCUUAACUCCCAGCCCUUCCUGCAGACUUUCCACGACCCCCUAGCUAGAGUGCAAAGUUACAGUCACGAAGAACCAAAGUACCAUCACAAGCCUCCUCUGCCCCACCUGGCCGUGCACCUGCAGCACCCCGCCGCGGGCGCGCGCUCCAGCUGCCCCGGCGACUACCCCUCCCCGCCCGGCUCCGCGCACUCCAAGGCGCCGCACCUGGGCCGCUCGCUGGUGGCCACGCGGCUGGACAGCAUCUCGGACUCGCGGCUGUACGACAGCUCUCCCUCCCGACCGAGGAAGCCUUACUCCCACCAGGACGGGCUGGCGAGCUGGGAGCGGCAGAGCUACGGCCUGGACGCCUACGGCUACCGGCAGACCUACUCCCUGCCCGACAACCCCACGCAGCCGGGCUACGAGCAGUUCCCCUUCCAGAGCCUCCCCGAGCCGCCGGAGCCCGCGUGGCGCGUCCCCUACUGCGCGGUGCCGCCGGACCCCCCGCGGUACCAGGACAACCGAGAGAAGAUCUACAUCAACCUGUGCAACAUCUUCCCCCCGGACCUCGUGCGGACGGUCAUGAAGCGGAACCCGCACGUGACAGACGCCCAGCAGCUGGCCGCCGCCAUCCUCGUGGAGAAGUCGCAGCUGGGCUACUGAGAGACGAUGCAUCUUCGUGGUGUUUAGUAGUUUUUUGUUCAGCUCAAAUGCUGAGGGAGGUUUGCUACAAUAGCACACGUGAUCUCCUUGGCGCAAGGAGGUUAUAAAGUAUCCAUUUAUGUGAACUACUGUAUCAUGGAAUCUGGACGUAGAGCCCCCCCAGAGCGGAAGUAGCACGGGAUCGCUUUACAUCCAAACUUUUUUUUAAAACCUUUCCUUUUUAAAAGCUCUCUCCUCGGCUGGAAGUUGUUCCAGUUUGAUUUAUUAGAUGUCUCUGUGAUCUUUGAUAUUAAUCUUUGGUGCAUCAGGGGUUUAUAUGCAGCACUUUUUAUCCUUGUUUCGUGUUUUAUUACCUUGGUGUUUGUCUAUCAAUUGCAAGCAAUUACAAUACUUUCCGAAUGUCGGACCUUUGACUAGACCCUAGCCAACUAUUUUUGCAAGCCAAGCUUAAUUGGAAUCUUUUACAGCUUUUUAAGUUAUUUUUAUUUGGGGAAGGUGGGCUUCUUUGUGCUAUAAUCAUUAUUUAUAGAAACAAAGAUAUACUACAGCACUGACUUUAUAUUUUAAACAAAAUGUAAGUUACCAGUUUAUAUGGAAAUGGGUAACAGUCUAUAUUAGAAUGAUUUACAGUACGGCACUUUUCAUUGUUUUGUUUUUGUUUGGAUUUUUUUUUUCCCUCCCCGUUAGGUAAUUAGUUAAUUUAAUAUGGAUGACUUAAAGGAAAGCAGAUGCAAUCAAUGGAAAAAGUUGUUUCCAUUUUUUUUUUUUUUUAAGAAGGCAAAAGCCGUAACUGUGCCAGUUUAGAGCUUUGUGACCCAGAGCUGAUGUGCUUCUAGGCGGUAGAAAAUGGAACUGAAUUCCCAGAUUCUCAUGAACCUGUAUUUUUAAUGUGUUCGUCCUUUUUGUUUCGGGGCACAACAAGACUGGAUAAAAGAACCCUUUCACAGUACUUGCCUGUUUUUAAUGAAUCUAAUUAUUCUCAAUGCAACUUUUAUAUUUAAUAUACUCUUCGCUUUCCUGCUAUUUAUCAAGGCUGGCCUGAGGUGGGUGUACGUGUUGAGGAUAUGCAAAAUUUAUUGAUACUGCACUAUAGGAAGGGCGGUGGAGGCAUUUUAAGUGGUAACUUAAAAAUGUUUGUAAGAUACUGUAUAUUUUCCAUUUUCCUGAAGGUCGUUUUUUGGGGGGCCUGUUAUAUUAUUAAGGCCAGAUUCUUGCCACAAAUAGUGUAGUUUUAGCUACAGACUAAAGUCUGUUCUAGUAUUAGUAAGGGAUAUUUCUGGUUUCCAAGUGGGUUUUGCUAGGUGCGAAUUCCUUUUUGUUCUCAGCAGACAGACCUUUGCAUUGAGGGUAGAGGGUCGUGUACCUCACAUGACUCCACUGUCGCCUCCAGGCUCUGAAUUUCACUUUGCGCGACAGACUCCUAGUUUGCGUCUGGCGUCUGCCUCGAUGCCCUGGGUACUCUGACCGUCCUCCAUGCUACAGUUGGAAGUAAAGCCCUGAAAAAGCCAGAAAGUACCUUUUACUGUUGAUACAAAUUGUAUCUUUUUAACUAUAAGAACUAUUUUGAUUUGUAGAUCUAGUGAAAACACAAAUGUGUAACUAUGAUUAGACUUUUGGGCAACAUUUUAUCCCUUAUUUAAGUACAAAAUUUUAAAGUAAAAUUGAGGUCUAGGAUAGGGUAGAAACAUAAAAGCAACAAUUUAGGUAAAUAAAAGUGUCUGUCUUCGUUUUAUAGACUAUAUUAAAAAUAUUCACUACAGUUAUUGGCAUUUUCUUUCUCCUAAAACUUACCUAGUGAGAACUUAAAAAUAAAGGUAAAAUGCUGCCUGAAAAUAACGUCCAGCGCCUUUGACUAGGAUAACAUUUUCACUACUUGUGUGACACUGUGUGUUGCAUGAAGUAGGAUUUGGGUAUACAGUAAAUGCUUCUAAAAGGCAUUGUGCAUAUUGACAUAUCCAAUAAUCUGAACCGUGUUCAGCAAACUUAAUUCAGGAAAGUGGUGUUCUACACAAUUACUGGUGGUGGUGAGCGGAGUGUGGCCCUCCUCUGGACCCGGAAACAAUGCAGACAUUGCCACACGCCAUCUGAGCGAGGUCUGGGGCGACCCUGCUUGCUUUGUCAAGCUCUUCUCCCUGAUUCCGUCGGUCACUCUCCGUAGGACAAGUUUAAGUGUCGGAGUAAACGAGUGCCAAAAGUAGGGUUACAGAUGUGGAGUA